AUGGCAUCUGAGGAUGAGAAACGAGCGAUUGUUCGACGACUAGCGAGAAAGACUAUCCAGCUAGUGAAGAUGACCUUGAAUGUACUCGAUUGUUCGAUCUGGCGAGGCAACCAGCCGAUCGAGAGGUUCCAAAGUUCCUCUCUCUACAUUCGCCUCGGGAACCAGUUGACUAUCUUCGACAGCGUCCUCGAUGCAGCGCUUGUGGAAAUGGAGGUAGAACAAGAUCAACGAUCUCGACAUUUUCUCGGCGCUGUCUGCCGACGAAUCUUCUGUGAAUGCAUGGGUAUUACCGCCAAACUCUUGCAAAUCGCGCCCGCUGAAGUCUUUCGACGAGCCGACUAA